AUGAACGACAGUGCUAUCGGGGAUUCCCUACAAAUAGGCCAGCCCACAUGCCCUAUCACAAAGGGGUGCAUCUUGGAAGGGGAACUUGCCGUUUACAGUGGCAAGGAACAUAGAAUUCUCAACUUUCACAAGAUCAGAAAGCACAUUUUCAGAUCUGGGACCUUCAUUGGAACUGCACACCAUUCACAGACACAUUCCUGGGAACACCUCAUGAUUGUCUACUAUGACCUCAAGGAAAUCAUUACGAUGAUCCCAAGCCACUCGGCCCUGGUCAAACAGAUUCUUAUCGACUGUGACAGGCGGACAGCCAAAUCGGACCUGCGCCGUGCUUUUGCCGAGUGUAUCACGGCCAAGGGAGAGGGGCUUGUCCUCAAGUCAGAUGGCCCCUACUUCGACUUUGACAGCAUGCGAAGACCCUAUAGAUGCUGUGCCAUCAAGCUAAAGAAGGAAUACAUCGGCAACUUUGGAGACAUUGGGGCCUUUGCAAUAGUUGGUGCCCGGUAUGACGCUGCAAAAGCCAGAACUACAACAUUCCUCACCUCAAGUGGGCACACUUCUGUGUGGGUUGCUUGGAAAAACAGGGAGGAGGUUGGACGGUUUGGCAAAAAGCCAAAGUUUGUGGUGACCAACGUGGUUGAACUCGAUACAACACAACUGGCCACGAUGGUGGCUUAUGCCAACCCGGAAUGCGUAUCGGUGGACGACAACUGUCCGAUUGACUUGCGGACCGAGCCAGGCAUCGAUGAGGGGCGACGACCGGUUUUUAUUUUCCCCACGCUACCCGUCGUGGACCUCCGCUGUUUUUCUUUUGACAAAGAGGGGAACACUGGUUUCUGGAGCCCAAGGUUUCCUGUCGCCACCAAAGUACACUGGGACAGAACCUUCCACGACACAAUCUCUUUUCAACAGCUGCAAGAAUUAGCAGAAGAGGCCAGGAACAUGACAACCCCUGAGGGCACUCAAGAGAUUCUCACUUGGAUCGCCAAUCUUCAAGGAAUCGAGUCUUCGAGCCAGUCCACCGCAACCAACUCUCAGCGGUCCUUGGUAUCGUCUCGGAACACCAUGUCCCCAGGCCCCCGGGGUGAUGUCUCGCCUCGAGUUGGCCGCCGCGUCCCAAUCGGCGCUGCCACUUUGAGCGCCCCCUUGUCUUUGUCAGCCUCAUAG